AUGCUUCACCACCUCCGUCGCGGAUUCUGCUCUUGUUCUGCUUCUCUAUCCGUACGUCGUUUGCCUUGCUGCAUGCGCUCUGUUUUGCGUUGCUCUCGAGUUUCUGCUCUACUUUCAAGGUCGCCAGUUGCUCUUUCAACCUUUCUUCCCACACUACCUUACCAUACCUUACCGAUACCUUAUUCUAAUUCGCCUUGCGCUUUGUCUCUGCUGCAACCGCAACCGCAACUGCAACUGCACCUAGCCGCCCUUUGCAUCUUGUCCCACGUCUUUUCUGCGGCAUUUGCUUUUUCUCUGCAUCCACCACCGUCAGAAUAUCCCCCUUUGACACGACAUUUCAUCCUCCCGCCCUGCCAUGCCGUGUCGCAUCCGCCGCCUGUCCACACAUUGACGCUCGAAAGACAACGGAUUGGAAGAAACAAGAACCCCUUUCUUCCUUUCCCACCCCUCUACCGCAAUAUCUCACUACCAGCCUGCGACACAUUCCUCGACCGUCUCCAAUACUUUCUUUAUUCACCACCCCAUCUCUUGAACCUGAACCUGAACCGCACGCAGUCCUGUUCGCACACCCGCCCAACCUCUAACCGGCAUACUCCAAAUAAAGAAAGCGAGAGAAAGGUUCUGCGACAAUACGUAUUUAGGUUGGCUUUUGGGUUUCCGCCUUGGUUUUGGGUACGAGCGUAUACCUGA